AGUCUUGUGGUCAAACAAACUGGAAGCCCGCCAAACACGGAUCAUCCCAUAUAACAUAGAAUUAGAAGCUAUUAACUUUACUUAGACAAACAUCCAACUCGAUCCCCUUUUCGGUUUUGCUCUCCCAUUGCCUGCUUGCUGCAUGCCCUGUUCCACGGCCGAAGCCAUGGAAAAAACAGGGCCUGCUACAAUCUGCAAGAAAGCCUCGUCCUUCCGCCUCCGCUCCGAGAGCCUGAAUACCCUCCGCCUCCGCCGCAUAUUCGAUCUCUUUGACAAGAACGGCGAUGGUAUAAUCACCGUCGACGAACUGAACAGAGCCCUCAACCUUCUUGGCUUGGAAACCGACCUGGCAGACCUCGACCCCACCGUCAAAUCGUUCAUCCGAGAGGGAAACAUUGGGCUUCAAUUCGAAGACUUCAUAUUACUGCACCAGUCCGUAAACGACACCUACUUUGGGUACGGAUGCGAGGGUGAUGCGUGUAAUGAGGAGGAGACAAAGAGCAAAUUGUCGCAGGAGGAAUCAGAUCUUUCGGAGGCGUUCAAGGUGUUCGACGAGGACGGGGAUGGGUACAUCUCCGCCAAAGAGCUGCAAAUGGUGCUGGGGAAGCUGGGAUUCUCUGAAGGGAAAGAGAUUGACAGAGUUGAGAAGAUGAUCAUCUCCGUUGACCGCAACCGAGAUGGGAGGGUUGACUUCGUUGAAUUCAAGGAUAUGAUGCGUAGCGUUAUGGUGCGGAGCUCUUAAAUUAUUAGCAAUGUUUCAUAUAUAAUUUAAUCAUCUUCUUCUUUAGUGUUUCUCUUUUCCUCCUUUUUCUAAGAAUGGAGUUAAUUCGUCAAUACAUGAUUAAUCAUCUUUAACGCUCAGGCUUCAUUCUAGCUAGCAUUUGGUUUCGGUGUUAACUUCAUUGAUGUGGAUUCAUGUCAAAAUA